CUUGUCCACCCACAAUGAUAACAUACUCCGAUCUACAUCUCUGUCAUCCACACCUGAGCUCACUACCCUCGACAAGUCUACUGCCGAUCGUCCGAGACAUACCACCAACGACAGUACCAUACCAAGUUUGACCACAGAUACAACCGACACUAGCAGACAUGGUCACAACCUUGUCAUACACCUAGGUGCAUCAGAGGCUUGUGAUAUUCCAAUUUGUUGUAACAUAGUGGAGAGAAAUCGGUUUGGGUCCACAGAUUUUAACUUCUCAAUCAACCAUUCUUUGAUGCAUAGUACGACACCACCCAUGACCGAUCCACUCACGGUCAGGACCUGGCCUUGCACUAGCACAAGAGCCUUUCCUACAUCGACGGAUCAGGCUGCACUUCAGGCGUGGGGCCCCUA